CUCUAGACGGAGGUUGAAAACUUAGUGCAUUGUAGCCUUCCAUGACUUGAAGUAAGAUGGCAACAGCCGCCGAGUCGGCGAAUUCUUCAGGGCAAUAUAACUCUAAUGACAUUCUUAAGGAAGUGAGGCACUUUAUUCACGGAGCCAGCCAUAAAGUGCUUAGCCUUCGACAGAGGGAAACUUUAUCACAGUCAGCUCUAGUGCUAUUGCGAAAUCUGCCUACAGCGCGCUACGCUGUGCUAGAGUACAUUGCAAAUGUGUUUGACGAAGCUGUCAAUAAUUACCUGGUGGAAAUAGAUGUGGGCCAAGGUGUCAGUGAUGGAAGCAGCCAGGCUAUGGAGAGUUUCCUACAUGAUGCCUGCGGUAUACUGCAUGGUUUCUUGCAGACCAACUAUAGCGCCUGGGCGCCCAUUAUUUCAACUUGGUCCCUGGAGUUACUGGGUCACAUCAGCAGCAAGUACUCUGACAGACGAUGUGUACCGCAGCGGGGCAGUCUGAUGGAGCUACUGCAGUUAUGGUUGACGUGCAAACCCACCAAACUUCUCAUAGAGGUGGCUACGCAGUGCUUCUCCGGCAUUGUCUCGGCCGAGGCAGCCACCUAUGUUGAUGCGCUGCUAGAGGCCUCCGUGAAAUUCAGCCCUCACUUUGACUGGGUCGUGGCACAUAUUGGGUCAGCAUUCCCCAAGGUGAUCAUCACACGAGUGUUGUUGUGUGGAAUCAAGGACUACAGCCAACACGGAAUGUCUGCGCCGGUAGAGAGCAGGGACACGAAGAUCCCCAAGAUGGGCUCUGUAGUGGGCAUCCUGGGUCAUCUAGCCAACAAACAUGGCCACUAUAUCCGUGAUGCCCUCAUCAAACUGUUCCAGGAGGGCCUGGAGGAGCCGCCGUCCAGUAUGAAGCCCCCAAUGUUACCGUUCCUGCUGCAGCUUGCCUCCAUGUCAACGUUGCUGCUACAGAUCCUGGCUGCGUACCUUGUGCAGAAAUUGUCAGCAUCUGUAUUGAACCAGCUUCACAAUCAGUUGAAGCCAUGGGUGAAGAACUACCCAGGGGAAUUUAAAAGUAUGAUGUCAUUAGUGGUACACCUGGUCAUACAGAAUGAUACGGGAGCCGACAAAGUACUCGACUUCUUGUUCCACAACGCAACCUUAGAACAAGUUGGUGCUUCUGAGAAUACAGAGCUGCCACUGCCAGAGAUCCAGAACACCUGUGCCAUGUUAAUUGACCAAGUUUUAGAUGAGACGCAGAUGCAGGUGUACCGGCGGGCAGGACAGGAAAUGUCGGCAGAGCUACCUUACCUCGGCGCUUUGAGCACCAGUCUACCCACCUUGACCAAACAGCUGCUAAUGAGCUCAGGGAAGAGGUCAAAAUGGCAGCAGAGACUGAUUUGUUACAUCAUCCUGUACAAAGGUCCGAAGGUCGGCGCAGAAAUUCUCGCCUACAUCCUCUCCCACGCUGAGACGCAAGACCAGCUGGGACAGUUCAUACAUAUUCAGCAGAACAUAGAGAUGGGGAUGGGCUCAGUACUAUCUGGGUGUGUCCAGUGUGUGAUGGACCUCCUACAUAAUCAGAAGGAUGUUAACAAGCCCCGCCUCCUCUCUAAUUUGUAUACGCUGACACAGUGGGAGAGAACUGUGGGGUCUGCAAUAGUCAGAUGCACAUUCAAACACUGUCUUCAAAGUCACUGGGCCAGUCUUACCCCUCUGUUACUUCACACUGACCUUGACCUUGCAGUGAUGACCUUGAAUAUACUUAACUAUGUGACCCUUCCAUCCACCCUGAGUAGUGCUGUAGGGCUGCAGGCAGCUGGGUCUUUAGUGGCGUUGUUCUUCAGUUUGUUGGAAAUUGAAGACACGAGGCGGGUAGACAGCAUGGUACAGGCGUGUGGGAAAUGUGCGAGCCUGUUGUCACGGAAACCCUACCUGCAGACCAUGCUGGUGCGAUACCUGAUUGAGGGAGCAAUGGAAAACGAAAAUAAGCCCCUUCUGGGCGGGAAACAUGACCUGGAAGUGAGUAAAUCUGGAUCCCGAGACUCCACUGUGUCACUGCGGCAGGAAAACAAGAAGCACGGCCUCUCUCUCACCAUGCUGAGGUCGCACUCCACUGUAUUCCAUGCCGGGGUCAUAGGUCAAGGUCUGAGGGAGAAGUCAAACGUGGAGGUUCUGCAUAAGGAAAUCUUGUCCAGAAAUCAGCUGUAUUUUGAAGAGUUCCUGUGGAGGUGCUGUAAUGAGCCGCGAGAGGUAUCAAACUCACCUCCUUCCACUGAAGAGUCCACGGAGCAACCAAUGAAAUCUUUUAGGUUACACAACACUGUAUCCUUUGAAUGUGUCCAUGGUUUUUGCAGAUUACACAUCAAUGCAGACCUGUGCAGGACGCUAGGAAGUCUCAUCACAGAGCUUGCCACACCGGACGUGCUGUAUAAUAACAGAUUUUGGCCCGAGGAGGAAUCACUGAAAAUGACCGUGGAAAGGGACCUUCAUGUGUGGAAACACUUUGAUGACAACCCAGUUCUGUAUGAGAUACUGCUGUUACUUGCAGGAAACACCUUAGUGAUGUCCCGUUGCUCAGCUGUGCUCAAGUCGCUGACGGCUACCAUGAUGCACCACUUUGAGGUUUCACGAGAGAAAAUGUCCUCCAGCUCACCCAAACAGCUCCAGUGUGCCCAAUGUGUAAUCAGGUGUCUGGGAAAGAGCGGGUUACUUCCCCUGCCUCUCUCCUUCCUGUCAGAGUUACUGCCCUUGCUGAGUUCCUACGAGGUUUAUUUGCUACUGCUUGUCGUCUGGAGAUUUAUGAAGGAAAACCCUCCUACGGAAGAUCCAAAUGAUGUUUCAAAAAGAGCUUGCGAGUCGAAACAUCUGGAAGUUCUUAGAUCCAUUCUUCACAGCAACAUUGACGUGACGGGCGAAAUCUACGCAAGAUUCUUCCUUGAUAAAUCUGGUACAGACACGAAGAGUGAAUCAGAAAUUAUGGAAUAGCCAGUGACACUAUGUUUAGGAGUAAUAUAUUAUCCUUGACCUGUAUUCACAAAGUUAAGGAUUACCUAAAGAAAGUUCAUUUGUAAUAUUCCUCAUGUCUGGUCAUGUUUAUGGUACUUUUGCAUUUCACUGUUUUAAACCAGUAAAUAUUUCUAAAAUGUUCUCCCUCUUUUGUAAACUGAUAAAAUGUGUUAACUCUGUGUACAUUUAAUGCAUUUAAUUAUUGUUUUGAUUAAAAAAUGACAAUUGUAAA